AUGAUGGUCGAGGCCUUUCGACCUCUGCCGUCCUCCCACGCUGUGUGGACUUCAUGCUGCCCGGAGUGUCUUCCAUCUGAAAGCGAACUCUUAUCAAAUUCAGCAAAGCUUUGGUGGAAACGGAGAAGCCAGACUGACCUACCGGACGUGACCAUGUCUGACGGGCACGUCACAGUGGGCCAGUGCAUCGAGGGGCUUCCAAUCGGUGUCUUUGUUUGGGAGCUGCUGCUUUGCGCCUUCCUGGCUUCCUUUUGGCUGGGCGCGCUCAAUGAGCCGACGCCCUUUGCUCUUGGACUUCUGAAUACGGAUUGGGCCUACAACGAGCUGAAUGUGCAAGCUGUAUUGGCAGCCAUGGGCGUCGGCAAUGCCAUUUCGACCCUCCUGGCUGGAUGGUUUGCGGACAAAAGCGGCCGAAAUGUCGUGAUUCGCUUCCUCACGCUGUCGACGGUAAGCUGUGGGCUGUUGGUGCAGUCAUCGAGGACACUCGGACAGACUCUGUGCUCACGCUUCCUCCUAGGCCUAACCUCGGGAGGAUUGAUGGCUGCUAUCAUCCCGCUAGUUGCCGAGCUCCUUCCAGCGCGCCGGCGUGGCUUCUACCUGACUGUGUGGUGCUGUGGAAGGCCUGCAGGCGCAUUGCUAGCCGUCAUCCUCAGCUGCUUAUUGCCACGACUGGACUGGACCAAUUUCGUGUUCAUGAUGUCGGCGCCGGCAGUGGUCCUCUACGUCCUUUGCCGGUUGGAUGUCAUGCCAGAAUCUCCACGUUACCUCUACCUGGCCGGCCGUCGAGAAGAAGGCUUCCUCACUCUGGCGGAGAUGUAUGACAAGGAGAUGAUGUGUCUCCCUUGGGGGCCAGACUCAGUGUCCUUAACGACAUCCUCCGAAGUCAAGGAGGUCAAGUCCGGGCUGCGGUCCCUUGCGCAUUCUGAUGCAGCCAUAACUGCUUGGCUGUGCCUCGUCAUUUUCUUCAGCCACUGCGCGUCACAGUGCAUGCGGGCGUGGAUACCAAUGAUCCUCGCGACGGGAUCCUCGCACCAAUCACCGGUGAUGCUGCUGGCACUGUCCCUGCUCCAGGCAGAGAGCCCUCAGCCGCACGCAUCGCCUGGCUUGGACCGACAUUUGGUGAUGGUGGCAGCCCAGGGCUACAUGCUGGAGAUCUGCGGCAUCGUUAUUUGUGCUGCAAUUUCGUUUGCCCUCACCCGACGGCUCCUGGUGCGUGGGGCGCUGUGCGCAGCGGCCGUGCUCGCCAUUGCGGCCACACUGGCAGAGCGCCGAAAUCUGUGGGUGACCGCUGGACCACUCUUUGGGCUGGCGCUCGUUGCCAAUGCUGCGGCAGCUAACUUUCUGCUCGUGUUUGCGUGCGAGCGGUUCCCGACAUCCUCGAGGGCCAGCGCAGUUGGGCUCGUUCUUUUCUUUGGCCAGGUCGCCGAGCUCUUUGCACCCUCCGUGGGGGUUGUUAUGCUGAACCGGUUCUCUGUGCAGUCGGCGGUGCUUGCCUUCAACAGCUUGUAUUUCGUGGCCUUCCUCCUUUCAUUCCAACUUCCCCUCCCUGGGCAUCACGAACGCACCCUCCACGACAUCGAGGUCAAAGGAUCCCGGGAUCCACUAACAAGGAAUCGAAAGAGGUUGGGAAUGAGCUACCAGACCGUCUGA